UCUGUCAAGUCUACACCAUUUCCUGCUGACACCAAACAGGGAUUGAUUUAGAUAAGAGCCGUACAUGGACCUCAUGCGUGGCCUGUGGCGUUUGAAAAACAUGUUUGGCUACUGAUAGCACUGAGCUAAUGGUUAGCAGUGCAAGAGGGGUCAUGAUGUGGCCCAUGUAGAAACACUCUCCCAUUUAUCUGUUUAUUUGACUGUGUGUAGAAAAAGAUGGCAGAGAUCUUUUCUCGCUUGAAUAUGUUCAAACUCGUGUGGAGAGGCGUGAAACCGAGAACGAAAAUCGUGAGUCCCGCAGCUCCUUCUGCGCAGAUAUUGCGCCGCUACAGCGCAGACCGCAGCUUGUUUGGACUUCUAUUUGACAUUGACGGAGUGCUUGUACGUGGACGAACACCCAUUCCAGAAGCCAAACAGUGUUUCAGGAACCUGGUGGACAGGAAUGGAAAAUACAAGGUUCCCGUCGUGUUCGUGACGAAUGCAGGGAACAGUCUACGACAAACCAAGGCUGAGCAGCUGUCUCACCUCCUGGAGGUCGAGGUGUCUCCAGAUCAGGUAAUGCUGUCUCACAGUCCGCUGCGGGUUUUCACUCAGUUCCAUGACCUGUGCGUGCUGGUGUCCGGACAGGGACCAGUGGUGGAGGUUGCACACAAUGUUGGUUUUAAGAACGUUGUGACAAUUGACAUGCUGCGGGAGGCGUACCCUCAACUCGACGUGGUGGAUCAUCAUCGUAGACCCAAAGACGAGGUUACCCCCUCUAAGAAUUUACCACCAAUUGAAGCUGUCAUCCUUUUUGGUGAGCCUAUCAGGUGGGAGACUAACUUGCAACUGAUUGUUGAUGUGCUCUUGACCAAUGGGAGGCCGGGAAACCCUGUGACAUCAUUGCAUUACCCACACAUCCCUGUACUGGCCUGCAAUAUGGAUCUGCUGUGGAUGGCCGAGGCAAAAAACCCUCGAUUUGGUCAUGGUAUGUUCCUGGUGUGCCUGGAGAAUAUCUAUAAGAAGAUAACUGGUUGUGAGCUGAAGUAUGAAGCUCUGAUUGGAAAACCUAGCGUUGUGACCUAUAACUAUGCAGAGCUACUUAUUCGACAGCAGGCCGAGAGCUUGGGCUGGACCCGACCCGUUGAGAGACUUUACGCCAUCGGUGACAACCCCAUGGCAGACAUUUAUGGUGCAAAUCUGUACAACCGCUAUCUCAAAGCAGUGCAUCGCACUCGCGCUCAAGUGCAAGCUCAGGGUGGCUCGACCGGCCAGGUAACUGGAGACCUGCAGUGUGAAGCGUCCGACGACGACAAACGCUCUGGACAGGUGAUGGUCGGGGGUUCGUUCGAACACCAACUACCUGAUGGGUGCAGCUCCAUUCUGGUCUGUACAGGCGUCUAUAACCGCGACCACCAGGACUUGCCCUCUGACCCUGAGCAGACGGUCACAGAGCACCAGAUUUUCCACGGUCACCGGGACUUUCGAUUCGACCCGAGCCUGACCCAGCCUUCCUUCGUAGUCCAGGACGUUCAGGAAGGAGUGGAGUUGGUCUUUCAGCUUGAGGGAAAGGCCACAACCACAAACCCACAGCAAGUGCGCCAUUCGGGACAGGGCCUUUGCGUUAGGACGUGUCCUUGAGUGCUACAGUAGGGGUAGGGUUACGGAUUUACACCGUUGCCAUCAGUUCAAACAGAGCAUUGUAGAAAAUUCAGCAUGAAUAAUGCAAACAUAAGCUGCACAACAAGCUUAAACGCUUGCGGCAAGGAAAGACAUUCAUCCAUGAAGCCAUAAUAGUUAAUGAAGAAACAACACAAUGCCAAUUAUAGGAGGAAGUUCAUUUUUAUGUUCGAUGGGUAUUGUGUACGUGUGUGUGUGAGUUCCCAGAAAUAUCAGCCACUGAAGUUCACGUGAGCACCAGUUAGUUCAUCUAAAUGUGAACAUUACAUUCACUGAACACACUGUACCUCUUACGAAACGUUCACACAAGACACGUUCUUGCGUUCAGUCUGCAUCAUUUUCUGCAGUUUUUUAGUUGACAAAUUAAUUGUGCCACGUCUCCAGACUUUUUAAUGUCUUGUGACGUGAGUAUUGCAUUUUUAAGACAACGACGAGUCAAAUAAAAAAUCGUUUGACUUUUCUGAAGUCGGUCUAUCCAAUUCAGACAAGGGGUCGUUCACUACAUCAAGCUGUUUUGAACGCAAUAACGCACUCUGUGUGAACGACCCCUUGACAUUGUACUGUGAACGGUAAAAAGCAGUAAGAUUUUUAAAUGUUUUUAAAGAUUCGAAUCUACAAAUUAUUGUAAUGCGCAAUUUUCUGGCUUUGUUUUAAAAAAUUUUAAUUGAAAAAUUAAUUUAUGCCACGUCUCCAUGUCUUUCAGCUUCAUGGCAUGAGCGUUGCGUUUUUAAGACUGCAAAUGCAGUGAGGUAUGUUUGUUUUUAACAUUUUAAUACACAAAUCCUUCCAUUCAUAUUUAACCCACUAAAUAUAUAUAUUGUGUGUUAAAGAACAAACAUUUAUUGAAUUCACUGUUUUUAAUAUUUUAUUGUGCUUUAUCUACUGCAGUAUACAUGUCCCAUAAGAGUUUAAACAUCAUGUUGCACUUGUAUAUACUGUAUGUUUACAGAGUUAAUUCAAUAAAUGCAACUGUUAAAUUGAGACGCCUGA